CAGGCAUCCCAGCGACAAAUGUCUCUUUCCAAUGUUGAAUCCCAAGCCGCGGAGGAUAUAGAAAGACAAGAGAGACGACCACGCAGAGUUCGAGAACUCACCGGGCGUUUUCGCGUCCUCAUCAUUGGCCGUGCCAAUGCGGGGAAGACAACGAUACUCCAGCGAGUUUGCAAUACAACGGAACAGCCGAAAAUUUUCAAUCAGAAGGGUCAUAAGAUUGACUUGUCCAAGCUCAAUCCAACUGCAUAGAGGGGAGCAUGAUAUUGAGAAUGAAAUGAUAUUUGAAAGCAAUACAGCAUUUGUCUUUCAUGACUCACGUGGGUUUGAAGCAGGCAGAACAUCUGAGCUGGAUGAAGUCAAGGAGUUUCUGCAAAAACGUUCAACCAACAGACUGCUCAAGGACCAUCUGCAUGUGAUUUGGUACUGCAUCCCAAUUAAUGAUGAAGCCAGACCAUUUACAAGAGCAGAGUUAACUUUCUUUGAUGAGUGUGGGACUGGUAGAGUUCCUGUUAUUGUCCUGUUUACAAAAGCAGACAUGCUUGAUGCCCAAACCAUCAAACACCUGGUUGAUACUGGAAUGGAUGUUGAAGAUGCUGCAAAUAAAGCUCCAGAAGAGUCAGUUGCCAGGUUUGAAGAGAAAUUUGGCCAGCAACUCUUCAAGAGAAAGUAUCCUCCCAGGGAUCAUGUGUAUUUUUGAGACAUGCAAAAUCCUACAAGUGACUGCAGUGAACUGCUGAGGAAGACAGCAGCCACCUUUUCAGAUGAUACACUUUUACAGCUCUUUCUUACAGUACAGCAAAAUAGUGUGGCUCUGUCAAUUGAAUAUGCAAUUAUAAGAGUUGUCUUUCCAGAUUGGAAGUUAUUCAAAGAAAAGAGAGAGUGGAGGAAGAUGGUUGAGAAGAUACUGAAUUAUUUUCCACAUAUGGUAUGUGGACCUUACUUGACUGUACAGUGGUAGAACAAAAUAAUAUAUAUGAACAGGCGGUAAGCCAACAGUGUUGAACAGGAGUAAGUCAGGAUCUGGCUGGCCCUUCCUGCUUGUUGCUGAUAAGAGCAUGCUCUGGGUUUUGAACAGGAUGUUGUAGAAUUUUAGAAAAACAUUUAUGAAACUCUACUUC